AUGAGUGCCGAGCCAGGGAGGCACCUGGGCAGCCUCACUGUCUUCACCAAGGAUGACUUCGAGGAGGACUGGGUGAAAGUGGCCAGUGGAGGCUUCGGCCACGUGUACCAGGUGAAGCACAGGAGGNAAUCAACUAUACAAUUUCUUGCUUCCACUUUGUUUUCCAUUCUCUAUCCUUAUCUUUCCAGGACCAGCAUGAACUGCCUCAUGGAAGAGGCAACCAAGAUGGAGAAAAUCAAAUUCCAGCACAUUGUCACUAUCUAUGGGGUCUGCAACAGCCCCUUGGGGAUAGUGAUGGAAUACAUGGCCAGAGGCUCUUUGGAGAAGAUCCUUCCCACUCACAAGAUGUCAUGGCAGCUCAAAUUCCGAGUGAUCCAUGAGAUGGGCCUGGCUAUGAACUUCCUGCACAGCAUGACACCUCCUCUGCUGCACCUGGACCUGAAGCCAGGGAACAUCCUCCUGGAUGGGAACAUGCAUGUCAAGAUCUCAGACUUUGGGCUAUCCAAGUGGAUGGAGCAAUCCAGCAGGAUGCAAUACAUUGAGAGCUCUGCCCUGAGAGGCACUUUGAGCUACAUCCCCCCAGAAAUGUUCCUCCAGAACAGCAAACCCCCAGGAAUCAAGUAUGAUGUGUACAGCUUCGGAAUCGUCAUUUGGGAGGUGCUGAUGCAGAAAAAACCUUAUGCAGGGGCAAACAUGAUGGCCAUCAUAGUCAAGGUGGCAGCAGGGAAGAGACCUGGGCUGGAGCUCAUCCGGAACGACUGGCCCGGGGAGUGCCAGCAGAUGGUCGACUUGAUGAAGAGGUGUUGGGACCAAGACCCUAAGCAGAGGCCAAGCUUUACAGAUAUCCCUGUGGAAACAGAUAUGCUGCUGGCACUGAUCCAGAGCCUGGUGGUGGACCCGGAGAACGAGCGCCUGGUCAGGAAGAUGUCCCACAAACCUGCCAUCUCUGGCAGGCAGCAGAGUGACAAAGAGGAGUUCACCUUCCCUCGAGACACCAGGAGUGCUGAAAUGCAUCAUCAGGAGGUUCAUAUCCCACCUGCUUACGGCGAGGCUGAAAGUGCAGAGGACAUCCUGUCCGAGGAGAUCUGCAGAGUCCAUGAGAAUGGCCUGACCUUGCUUCACCUCAUGGUGAUCCAGGGCAACGUGGAGAAGGUGAAGUUCCUCCUGAGCUGUAAAGCCAACGUGAACAGCCAAGUGGGCUGUGGCUACACCCCACUCAUCAUGGCUGUCCAGAAGAGGCUGCCAGAGAUCUGCUCCAUCCUGGUGGAGCACGGUGCCAACAUCAACAUGCCCGAUGAGGAUGGUUGGACACCUCUUCACUUCGCCGCUCAGAACGGGGACGACAGGAUCGUGCGGCUCCUGCUGGACCACCAGGCACGAGUGAACGCCCAAGAGCAGGAUGGGUGGACUCCUCUGCACUUGGCAGCACAGAACAACUUUGAGAACGUGGCCCGAGUGCUGCUGUCCCGCCAGGCUGACUCCAACACGCAGGAGGUGGAUGGGAAAACCGCCCUGCACGUGGCUGCGUGCUUCGGGCACGUCGGCUUGGUGAAGCUGCUGGCCAGCCAAGGAGCUGACCUGGAGAGAAAGCAGAAGAACCACAGGACCCCCCUGCACGUGGCUGUGGAGAGGGGCAAGUUCAGGGUUGUCCAUUACUUGCUGAAGAAUGGCACCUCUGUCAACAGCCUGGACCAGAACCACUACAGUGCCCUGCACCUGGCCGUGGUCAGGGGCAAGUACCUCAUCUGCGAGAAGCUCAUCAAGUAUGGAGCCAACGUGGAGCUGAGGACGGACAAGGGUUGGACUGCCCUGCACUUGGCCUCUUUCAAGGGGCACAUCGAGAUCAUCCACCUGCUGAAGGACAGCCACGCCAAGCUGAACACCAAGGGCAGCAUGGACUGGACUCCCCUGCACUUGGCCACGCGCUACAGCGAUGAGCCCGUGGUCUGCGAGCUCCUCAGGUGUGGGGCAGACCCCAACCUGGCUGAGAAGUCCGAGUGGGCUCCCCUGCACUUUGCAGUCCUCAGAGGCUCCUUCCUCACUGUCAUCAACCUGCUGGAGUGCAAGGCGGACGUUAAUGCCAGGAACAAGGUGGGCUGGACACCCUUGCACCUGGCUGUCCUCAAGGGUAACAUGGCCAUCAUCAAGACCCUGAUCAAGGCUGGGGCUCUGCUCGACGUGGAAGAUGUCACUGGCUGCACAGCUCUGCAGUUGGCAAUUAGGCACCAGAGAGAAAACAUCAUUACCCUGCUCCAAGGCAAGGACUUGCUGAUGAGUAAAUCAGGGAACAGGACUCUGGUGAAUGAUGCAAAGAUUUCCAGGCCCAGGUUUGUUCCAGGACGGACAGAUUUGUAA